UUAUCAGGAAAUUUCUUAUCAUCCUACAACAGUGUUUUUCUAGUUUUUCUUACCUAAUUUUUCAUAAAAAUUCAUUUAAUUAAAGUGUUAUAAUCAACAAAAUUUUGAAUGCUAGCGUUAUACUAAUGUUUGCCGAAAAGACCGGAGCAUUUCAUUUUAGUAAAAGUUGAAACUUUCCCAAGUACUCAUAUGCUACGCUCAUGAUGGGGCCUCCUCCGAUUGUAACUGGAAUUUCGCCGAAAGAGGGUCCUCCAGGGACCAGAGUGACAAUUCGAGGCGAAUAUUUAGGCAGAGAACAGAACGAUUUGAUCGGUUUGUUGAUAUGUGGCUGCGAUUGUUUGCUUUCCGCUGAAUGGAAAUCGACAAACAAGAUCAUCGCUCGUUCUGGUCCUGGAAAAGGUCGAGGUGAUAUAAUCAUUACCACUAAAAUUGGCGGAAAAGGUACAUGCACCGUACAAUUUCGAGGUUAUCAUGAAACUAUCGGACCGCUGAAAGAAAGUGCUGUUUGGGUGGAAGAAGCACCAUUACCAGGGCUAUCCUGGGGACAUCGAUCGUUAUCUCAUUCCACCUAUCACCUAGAAGAUCCUCUUGGCUUAUCUGUCGAGGAAAAUGAGAAAAAAUUCCCCGAGGAUGAUUUGCACGAAAUGUUUCCCGAUGGAUCCGGUGAUUUGGCUGCAGAGAAUUUUGAGCCGAAUUGGUUUCUAUUGGAACAUCAUCACGCUACUUCAUUCGAUGACCUCAAAGUUGGAUUGUCUUAUUUGAAACGUAAAGUUGAGGGGCAAAGAGAGGGUCAACUUUCGUUCUUAAAAGAUAAUGUUAGUUCAGUUAUGGAACAAAUGGAAACGUUGUUUACGUUGAAAGAAAAAUUUGAAGAAGAUAAAUUUAAACGAGAGGAGCUUACGCAAAAUGUUGAUAAAGCUAUUAAUGAUUCGUUGAGCGAGGCCAGAAAAAUAUUUCAAGAUGUGUUAUCGAGAAGAGAGAAAGCUGACGCUACUCGAAACGCUCUUGCUGUAGUGACCCGAUAUAAAUUCUUGUUUUUCUUACCAGUAAAUAUCGAACAUAAUGUAAAACACGGCGAUUUCGAUUUAGUGAUCAGUGAUUAUACGAGAGCUCGUAAUCUUUUUGGUAAAUUCGAAACACCGAUUUUCAAACAAGUUUUGUCCGAAGUCGAACAGAGAAUACAAGAUUUGAAAACUUCAUUGCGUUCAAAAUUAGAGGAUAUGCCGGUAACGCUGGAACAGCAGAAAAAAAUUAUUAGAAACCUAAUGGUUUUAGGAGUAGAAGGUGAUCCUGGAUGGGAUGCCAUUAGUCAUACGUAUAAGUAUAUGACUAAUCAACUUUGGCUUUGUCGUGAAGAUCACGUUUCAGCUGAGUCUGCUUUAUUCGAAGUCGAAUCUGGUAAAGGUAAAAGUGAUGGGGUUUCAGAGAAACACCAUAGUCGAACGCCAAGUGGUAAUUUUCAUUUCGAUACUCAGAACAAUACACCGCCUAGAAUUGCAUUUGUAGAAGAAAUCAUAAACUUUGUUCUUGUAACAUUGCCUGAAUUUUGGAAACUUGGUCAGUGCUAUUUCAACGGCGAAUUACAGAUCAAACCUGACAAAACCAAACAACAAGAAUUUAAACAAAACGUGAUCCGAAUCAUCGAACUGUGCUGCAAUCUCAUAAAAGCAGCAAUAUUAUCAGGCAUCGUUGAAAAGGAAUAUCAAUGGCCUCAAUACUCUUCGUCGAAACAGUCAGCUCUGGCUGAAACAAUUUCAGUAUGGUUACCGCAUUGCGUGCGGUUGGUUCAGUCGAUGUAUUCUUCAUUACUAAAAAUGGAAAUUCCCAAAGAACCUAUAGAUCUGACCGUCAAAUUACUGCUUGAUUUACGAAUUCACUCGAUGAUUAUGGAAUUGAAAAAAACUGCUGAAAGUGUAAAAGCUUUGGGAAAAAAAGAAAAAUGGCAAUUAGAUUUCGAUGGAGAACAUGGCGCAGUCACUCAAUUGCCAAGCGAAUUUGAAGACUUGGUUUCUAAAUCUAUUAAAAGAAUCAAAGAAUCAGCUUUAGAAACCGAAAGUAAAGAAACCUCUGUGUUGAAUAAUUCCACCGCUAAGCAAGAGUUUAUCACGUUGAUCAAUAGAAUAUUUCUCAAUUUUGUUCAGACUCUUGAAGUACUCGGAAUGAUUAGUCAAGAUCACGAACAAGCUGUAGCUGUAUCUCAACUCAUUGGCUCUCCGACGCCGUACUCUGAAAAAGAAUCCUCAGAUUUAACUUGGGAGCAAAGAUUACUAGCUAUGCUAAGUAACUGUCGCUAUACGAGAAUCGUAAUUUACCCCAAAUUAUCGUUUUUAUUCCGCCAUCAUGGUCUUCCAUCUACCGACGAACCGAUUCAAAAAUGUGGCAACGCUUUGUCGGUUUUAGAAAAAAGAAUGAUAGAAACAUACGUUGAAUUAAAAAGUGACCCAUUAGUGGGCACCAUUGAACCAUCUAUGUAUUUAGGGCAUUUCGAAUGGGGCAUGUGCGGUAAACCAACAGAUUUGAGACCCUACGCGAAAGAAAUUCUGACCAAUGUUACUGCUGUUUAUGCUGAAGUUCAUAGGUUUGUGCCUAAACUUCUGUACCAUAUUAUAUCGCAAAUUUUGGAAACCGUUGCCGAAGAAUUGUCCAGAUUGAUGUCGUGCGUUACGAAAUUCAACAGUAAUGGUAAAGUGCAAGCGAGGAUUGACAUAAUGGGACUGCAUAACGUGCUCAAAUUAUUCAUUACGGAAAACGCUGCGAAUUUUUUUAGAGAUGCCUUGGAUGCUGUACCAGAAUUGAAUGAUGAAGAAAACAGGUACGUUGAGGAAGUAUUACAAAACUUCAUGAAGAGGACCAGUUUGCAAUUGUCUUGCUUCACUGCUAUCUCCCAAGUCAAAGAUUGAUUUAACACCGAUAAUACAUACCAAAUCUGAAAUAUUAUAUAAUUAUUCAAUUUUAUCUCGGAAUAACGAUUUUGAUAUGCGGAUUAUAUUUUCUAUCCAUAUUGAUUCCUAAAUAUGUAUGUAGUUUAAUACCAGAUAUUACAAUUUAUUAAUUUAUUAAGGAUCAUUCUUACGAGUAAUUUGGCUGUGAAUUGAAAUUUUUUCAUUUCAAUGCGUCUUUAAAGUUUGAAACUGUAUGUUCAUGUUUUUCAUAAAUUUAUUUUUUAUAUCACAGUUUUGAUUCAAUUAUUAUACUAAGUAUUUAUUGAAAUAUUAUUAUACUCAUUAAAAUAUGUAGACUAAUA